CCUGCCCCAAUGCCGAUCUAACCAUUAAUGACGUCUCACUCGCUGGUUGGCUGUACGCGACGCAGAACCCCGGAAGACUUUACUUCGCCCGAUUUGUACAAGGGUCGCCACUAGUUACCACAGACACAAGGUUUUUUAAAAACGCCGCCUAUUUCGUCAAUUCCUCUAAAUUAAAAUGUUAUUUUAAACCUUAACCAUAAUUCUAACCUUAUACCUAACCCUAAAUUAAGAGCAAACAUCUCAUUUUUGUAUGAAUUUAUACAAUAGAGCCAAUUUCGACUUUGUGACUGUGGCAUCUAGUGGAAACUCAGCGUAAAAUGCAACAUUACUGAGCUCUCAUUUGUAACUAAAGGGUUUUACGUACAGCAACGAUCGACAAGCGACCCCUUCCACAACCCCAAGAUCUUCAAAGCGACAAUAUUCCAGUGAUAAAAUUGACAUCGCAUCAGUAACAAGGAAGACAUCUGAUUAUACAGAUAACGGAAGUGAGUUUUUUUUGCAAAUUUGAACUUUUAUCCGUGAGAUCGGGUAGUUGUCUCCGCAGUGAUGUUUCAGAUCAACAGAAUUUGCUGUAUAGGAGCAGGCUAUGUGGGAGGACCAACCUGCAGUGUCAUCGCCCAGAUGUGUCCAGAGAUCCACGUGACCGUGGUCGACGUCAACGAAUCACGGAUCAACGCCUGGAACUCCGACACACUGCCCAUCUACGAGCCAGGGUUGAAGGAGGUAGUGGAGUCAUGCCGAGGGAAGAAUCUCUUCUUCUCUACAGAUAUAGAUUCUGCCAUCAGAGAUGCUGACCUCGUCUUCAUAUCAGUGAACACCCCCACAAAGACCUAUGGGAUGGGGAAGGGGCGUGCAGCCGACCUAAAGUACAUUGAGGCCUGUGCUCGUCGCAUCGUAGAGGUUUCCAACGGUUACAAGAUCGUCACGGAGAAGAGCACGGUUCCUGUCCGAGCGGCUGAGAGCAUCAGACGGAUUUUUGACUCCAACACCAAACCCAACCUCAACCUGCAGGUGCUGUCCAACCCAGAGUUCCUGGCUGAGGGAACGGCGGUGCGUGACCUGAAGGAGCCAGACCGCGUCCUGAUUGGUGGAGACGAGACGGCGGAGGGUCAGAGGGCGAUCAGGGCUCUGUGUGACGUUUACGAACGCUGGGUCCCCAAGGCCCGCAUCAUCACCACCAACACCUGGUCCUCAGAACUCUCCAAACUGGCUGCCAAUGCGUUCCUAGCCCAGCGUAUCAGCAGUAUCAACAGUAUCAGUGCUCUGUGUGAGUCAACGGGGGCUGACGUAGAGGAGGUGGCUCUAGCCAUCGGCAUGGACCAGAGGAUAGGCAGCAAGUUCCUGAAGGCCAGCGUGGGGUUUGGUGGUAGUUGUUUCCAGAAGGAUGUAUUAAACCUGGUUUAUCUGUGUGAAGCUCUCAACCUCCCCGAGGUCGCUUCCUACUGGCAACAGGUGAUUGAUAUGAACGAGUACCAACGGAGGAGGUUUGCGUGUCGUAUCAUUGACUGUCUGUUUAACACAGUGACAGGGAAGAAGAUCGCUCUGCUGGGAUUCUCCUUUAAGAAAGACACUGGAGAUACCAGGGAGUCUUCUAGUAUCUAUAUAUCUAAGUACCUGAUGGACGAGGGAGCCAAGCUCCACAUCUACGACCCCAAAGUCCUGAAGGAACAAAUCAUUCUGGACCUCUCUCAACCACACAUCUCUGAAGACCCUCACAGAGUGUCUGAGCUGGUCACAGUGUCAGUGGAUCCCUACCAGGCCUGUCAGGGGGCUCACGCUCUGGUCGUCUGCACCGAGUGGGACAUGUUUAAGGAGCUGGACUAUGAGAUGAUCUAUGACCACAUGUUGAAACCAGCGUUUCUGUUUGACGGCCGUCGCCUGUUGGACCAGCUCCACCCCCGUCUGCAGAACAUUGGCUUCCAGAUCGAAACCAUCGGUAAGACGGUGACGACAUCUCGUAUUCCCUACACACCCACGGCCGGAGUCCCUCGUAUCAGCAUCGACCCUGAACCCCCGACCAAGAAGACCAAAGUCUGACUCUGACACACACACACCCCUCAGCAUCGACCCUGAACCCCCGACCAAGAAGACCAACGUCUGACUCACACCCCUCAGCAUCAACCCUGAACCCCCGACCAAGAAGACCAACGUCUGACUCAGACCCCUCAGCAUCAACCCUGAACCCCCGACCAAGAAGACCAACGUCUGACUCACACCCCUCAGAAUCAACCCUGAACCCCCGACCAAGAAGACCAACGUCUGACUCACACCCCUCAGCAUCAACCCUGAACCCCCGACCAAGAAGACCAACGUCUGACUCACACCCCUCAGAAUCAACCCUGAACCCCCGACCAAGAAGACCAAAGUCUGACUCACACCCCUCAGCAUCAACCUUGAACCCCCGACCAAGAAGACCAACGUCUGACUCACACCCCUCAGAAUCAACCCUGAACCCCCGACCAAGAAGACCAACGUCUGACUCACACCCCUCAGAAUCAA